GCUCCACUACUGCGUCACACAGCAGCUACAUGCGCCCUUAUGAGUGAGCUCGGUAGUAAUAUCACUGCACUAAAUAUGUGAGCACAUCAUCUGCCGCUGAUCGGCGACGCGACACGCAGUACGCACUACACGCACUAGAUCUGUUCUACAGGUACAGAAGAUGGACGUGAAGGAUCAAGGCGCACAAAUGGAGCCUCUGCUGCCCGCGGUGGUCACCUCUCCUGGAAGACAAAGUGUGAGGAAUGAUGAGGAGGCUGUCGUGGACAGAGGAGGCACUCGAUCCAUGCUUAAGGCUGGACUGGAGAAGGAGGAGCUAGAAGGUCACAGGACUCUGUAUAUCGGCGUUCAUGUUCCUCUGGGCAGAAAAACCCAUCGACGCCAUCGGCAUCACGGACACCGACACAGGAAGAGAAGCAGGGAGAGAGACUCAGGGGUCGAAGACGGACGAGAAUCACCUUCAUACAAUACUCCCUCUCAGAGGGUUCAGUUUCUGCUGGGCACUGAGGAUGAUGAUGAAGAGCACAUACCACACGACCUCUUCACUGAGCUGGAUGAGAUCUGCCUCCGUGAUGGAGAGGAUGCUGAGUGGAGAGAAACCGCCAGGUGGCUGAAGUUUGAAGAGGACGUGGAGGACGGCGGCGAGCGCUGGAGUAAACCGUACGUGGCCACGCUCUCUCUGCACAGCCUCUUUGAGCUGCGGAGCUGCAUCCUCAACGGCACCGUCAUGCUGGACAUGAGGGCCAGCUCUCUGGAAGAGGUCGCAGACAUGAUUCUGGACCAACAGGAAGUGGCUGGGCAUCUUGAAGAUGAUGUCAGGAAGAAGAUCAAAGAGGCUCUUUUGAAGCAGCACCAUCAUCAGAACCAGAAGAAACUGGCCAAUCGGAUUCCCAUCGUCCGCUCCUUUGCUGAUAUUGGGAAGAGACAAUCUGAGUCGAACUGCGUGGACAAAAACGGUCAGAUGAUUUCACCCCAGUCUCAACCCAUGAGCACAGAGGGCAAGAAUGACGUGAGCCGUGAAAACAGUGCCGUGGACUUCAGCAAGAUAGACCUGCACUUCAUGAAGAAGAUCCCUCCAGGUGCAGAGGCCUCUAAUAUCUUGGUUGGAGAGCUGGAGUUUCUAGACAGGCCUGUAGUGGCGUUUGUCCGCCUCUCUCCUGCCGUACUGCUCAACGGCCUGGCAGAAGUGCCUAUUACGACCAGGUUCCUGUUCAUCCUGCUGGGGCCUCUGGGUAAAGGGCCACAAUAUCACGAGAUUGGCAGAUCAAUUGCAACCUUGAUGACAGAUGAGGUUUUCCAUGAUGUGGCCUAUAAAGCUAAAGAUCGCAAUGAUCUGAUUGCUGGAAUUGAUGAAUUUCUUGACCAAGUUACAGUUCUGCCACCAGGAGAAUGGGACCCUUCCAUCAGGAUAGAGCCGCCAAAGAACGUCCCAUCCCAGGAGAAGAGAAAGAUCCCUGCAGUGCCUAAUGGAGAGCUGGCAGAGACAGAGGAACAUGGUGGACAUGGAGGCCCUGAGCUGCAGCGCACCGGGAGGUUUUUUGGUGGAUUUGUUCUGGAUGUGAAGAGGAAGGCUCCGCACUUCCUGUCAGAUUUCACAGAUGCGCUCAGCCUGCAGUGUUUGGCCUCUUUCCUAUUCCUGUACUGCGCCUGCAUGUCCCCCGUUAUCACCUUCGGAGGGCUGCUGGGAGAAGCUACAGAGGGACGCAUAAGUGCAAUUGAAUCUCUGUUUGGAGCCUCCAUGACUGGAAUCGUGUACUCUCUUUUUGCCGGACAGCCCCUCACUAUCCUGGGCAGCACCGGACCCGUUCUGGUGUUUGAGAAAAUAUUGUUCAAAUUCUGCAAGGAAUACGGGCUGUCGUACCUGUCCCUCAGGACGUGUAUCGGGCUGUGGACGGCGUUCCUCUGUCUGCUGCUGGUGGCCACUGACGCCAGCUCACUCGUCUGUUACAUCACACGCUUCACGGAGGAGGCCUUCGCCUCUCUCAUCUGCAUCAUCUUCAUCUACGAGGCCUUGGAGAAGCUCAUUCAUCUUGGGGAGACGUAUCCCAUUAAUAUGAACAACAAUCUGGAGAAACUCACCACUUACAGAUGUUCCUGUAUUGAGCCUGCAAACCCCAGCAAUGCCACCCUUCUGUACUGGGAGCAGAACAACAUCUCGGCUCCGGAAAUCUUCUGGGAAGCUCUGGAAGUUCAGGACUGCAUUGAGAAGAAAGGAGAAUUUGUCGGGUCAGCUUGCGGGCCUCAUGGUCCGUACGUUCCCGACGUUCUCUUCUGGUCUGUAGUUCUCUUCUUCUCUACAGUGGCCAUGUCAGCGUUCCUCAAAGAAUUCAAGACCAGCCGCUACUUCCCCACCAAGGUCAGAUCCAUCAUCAGUGACUUCGCAGUGUUCAUCACUAUUGCUAUGAUGGUUCUGCUGGAUUACGCCUUAGGGGUGCCUUCACCCAAACUACAGGUCCCCAGUGAGUUUAAGCCGACUCGUGAUGACCGUGGGUGGUUCAUUAACCCUCUGGGUCCGAACCCGUGGUGGACGUGUGUGAUUACAGUCCUUCCCGCCCUCCUCUGCACCAUCCUCAUCUUCAUGGACCAGCAGAUCACAGCAGUGAUCAUCAACAGGAAGGAGCACAAGCUGAAGAAAGGCUGUGGCUAUCACCUGGACCUGUUCAUGGUGGGCGUGAUGCUGGGCGUUUGCUCUCUGAUGGGGCUGCCGUGGUUCGUGGCGGCGACGGUUCUGUCCAUCUCUCAUGUGAACAGUCUGAAGCUGGAGUCGGAGUGCUCGGCACCCGGAGAGCAGCCCAAGUUCCUCGGGAUCAGAGAGCAGCGGGUCACCGGUCUCAUGAUCUUCCUCCUCAUGGGCUGCUCCGUAUUCAUGACCUCAGUGCUGAAGUUCAUUCCAAUGCCGGUGCUGUAUGGAGUUUUCCUUUACAUGGGCGCAUCUUCACUGAGAGGAAUACAGUUUUUUGAUCGUUUGAGAUUGUUCUGGAUGCCGGCUAAACACCAGCCAGACUUCAUUUACCUGAGACACGUCCCGCUCCGAAAGGUUCAUCUGUUCACCAUCGUCCAGCUUAGCUGUCUGGUUCUCCUCUGGGUCAUCAAAACCUCCAGGGCUGCCAUCGUCUUCCCCAUGAUGGUGUUGGCGCUGGUCUUUAUUAGGAAGCUGCUGGAUUUUUUCUUCACAAAGAGAGAGCUCAGCUGGCUCGAUGACCUCAUGCCCGAGAGCAAGAAGAAGAAGCUGGAGGAUGCUGAGCGAGAGGAGGAGCAAAGUAUUUUGGCAGAGGAAGAAGGAAUCGUACAAGUGCCAUUGGAGGGACAUUACAAAGAUGAUCCUUCUACUGUCAACAUUACUGAUGAAAUGUCCCGAGGCUCCUUUGGAAAUACUUGGAACACCGUCAACUCCAAAAAUGAUCCCAAAAGUCCCCUUUCCUAGAUGCUGAACCCCCAAAGCCUGUCUAAUAAGAGAGUGCACAAGGAGCAUCGAUGGAAAGAAGAGAUGAGAAUCUGACUUAUCUGAUACACUGUGUACACACACACACACACACACACACACUUACCUAGCUAUCCAAAUAGACUUCUAUUGUCUUUUAAAGGAAUAGUUCAUAAAAAUGAAGAAAAACUAUUCCUGAACUACUGAAGUGAACUAUUCCUACUGUGGCCAGUUUCAUAAACAUAGCUGCUAAGUUAAGACUGUGUCUUAAGAACUAGUCUGAUCAACUAGCAAUUAGUUAGGGCUAAUCAGUGUUGCCAAGUCCUCAGUUUUCCCGCGGAAUCGGGCUACUUUUACACUGUUGCCACGUGUUGUUUUUCAUGUCCACGGGUUGAAGCGACCACAAAUAACAUGAUAUUUAGCCCCUGGAAUGUGAAUUUUACCAGGAGAACCCUGCCCAAAAUGUGGAUUUUACCCCCCGGAACGCAAUUGGGCUAGUUUUGAGUAGCAAUUAGGCGGGUUUUGUUGUGAAAACCUGGCAACCCGGGGGCUAAUCAGUCUUAAGGUCUUUGCACACUGAGUCCGAAAUUCGCAUCCGAAAUUUCCGCACGUUAAAAAAUAAAUACGACCUCACAUUGUGUCAAUCACGUUUACACACUGCCUCCGAAACUUUCGUCCGUCGUAAAAAAAUUCGGAUCACAUUCGAUUUUCUGCGUUUUUCACAUCCGAGGCACGCAUUUUGAGAGACGUUUUGACAAUUCAGAGCUACCGUACAAGCGAACGCCAAAAUCCCAUCUGACAAGUUGAUCCACGUCGUCUACAGCACAAAGCAGCAGCACUGUAUGACAAACAAAGUGCGAAAUACAAAGAGACCGAAUAUAAAGACAGAUUGUGCCAUGUAGCAAAGCAUCAAACUGAGCCACUGACAUCUUGAAGUAAACGAAACGCUCGGGAUGAUCACGCAGCUCCUUGAUGAGGUGGAACUCUCCUUUCUCUCUAUGCAAUCUCGGGAUUGGAUGGACCCAAUAUUUCCUCUUUCUUUUUCUCUUUUUAAGAAGAGACUAAAUCAUGCUCGCUGCUUGAAGACUCCAUUUUGUAUUGUUUUGCGAAUUUUUUCGCAAGGGAUUCAUUCAAGGUCUCUGUGCAUGACGAAUUUUUAGGGUCAUGAAUACGAAAAAACGCAUACGAAAUUUUCAGACUCAGUGUGCAAAGGCCUUUACACCAGACGCGAUGCAAUAAGAUUCCAGCGACAAACAAUAUAGGUGCGUUCACGCCAUAUUGUAUUUGUUUUAACUAUGAUAUUCUGGCUCGUAAAAGGCGUUCACAUCCUCGUAGAACUCGUAAUUACAGUCCGUAAGCUGGGAGUGUACCACGUGGCCGCUGUACUACCUGACCGCUGUAGAUUCAUUUAGGCGUUGAUAUUGGUGCCAUAGAACUGCAUAUUUCCCAGUCCUUGAACGUGAACAGCUUUGAAUAUCAUCUCAAGUUUACGGUAAUUACGCGGUGGCAUGAUUGCAGCAUUUCCACACCAGAUGCGGCGGCGACGCGACUAUGAGACGCAAUAAAAUCAAUCAAAUAUCACAGCUAAUCAGAAAAGCGCGUGGGCAGGCUGCCUCACAGUGUUGCCGCAGGUUUUCCCACAGAAUUGGGCUGGUUGUUUUAUGUUUGCGGUAUGAAGCGACCCCAAAUAACAUGAUAUUUAGUCCCUGGAAUGCGAAUUUUACCAGGAGAACCGCGCCAAAAACGCGGAUUUUACCCCCCGAAACGCGAUUGUGCUAGUUUUGAGUAGCAAUUGGGCAGCUUUUGUUGUGAAAACCUGGCAACCCUCUCGACAAGCUCCCGGCACUCGCAACAAAAUGGAUUACGUACAUAAAUUAAUGAAUAUUACACCAUUUUAACAUUUAUUAAAAAUACAUACUAUGUUACUGAAACAAUCUUUGUCAUAGAAUACACUUCUGUGUUCACAAUGAGUUUGAACGUUCUUGUUACCUUUAUUUAUUUUGAAAAUCUGAGGUGAAUUGUCCAUUGUUGCUUUCAUUUCGGCUAUAAAAGACACACAAAAUGAUAUUCAAACUCACAUUAGACGAUUUAACAUAAACAUUACCUGAGAUUAUCGUUUUCAUAUUUGGUGUUGUUGUUCCAGCCGCGACAUCACAGAAAAAUAGAAACCAUUUCUAAAAUAGAAUCACGUGUCGCCGUUGCGGCUAGUUAGGACAAAAAGUCCGAUUAAAGACAUAGAAAAGAUCACGUGUCGCGGCGUCGCGUCUGGUUAGGACACGGUGUUAUUUUUUAUUCAAAUUAGACCAAUCUACCUUUUUAUGUAACUGACUUUCUUUAAGUUAUGACCAGUCUUGGAGAACAUCAUUAGCUGACAAAUUUGUAAUACUAGUUUAAGCAGUUUAUGCAACCGGCCACUGGUAUAGCCUAAGUAAUGCGAAUUAUAAUCAGAAUAACCCAUACACACACUCUACCCCUAACCCAACACGUAAAUGAAAACCUUUCAAAUUUGUGUUAUGAUAAAAACAUUUGCUUUAUGAACAACAUAUCCAUGAGUUUUUACAGAUUCUGGGCACAUUAUCCAGCAUUUUUGUCCUUAAAGUAACAAGCAAACGCACAUAAAGCUCCCAGUCUUGUCUUGUGUUUCUAUAUUUUUAAAGUAUAUCACAAUGCUAAGCUUUUUAGCUUCUAGGUAUAAAGCCUGUACAUACGUAUAGUAAUACCAGCAAAUAAAGCGGAGACAUGGAUUGUGUGUAAGAUGAGGAGAAAGUGUGGCAGAAUUUGAAAAAUUUUAAACUUUAUUUUAAAUGCUCUCUAAAAUGUUUUAUAUGUUUUGUAUUUUUUAAAAAGUAUUCCUGCACAACUUUCACAUCCCUAAAGGUACAGUUUUAAACAAAUGUGUAGACAAUAUCUACAGAAAUUGAUUAGCUAAACCAAGGAUAUUUUUCAACUUUUUAGCAAUAUAUUCAAUAUUGCCACCAUUGGGUCCUUGAGCAAGACACUUCACUUCUUGAUGUUCAAUAUUCCUGCAGUCACUGUACUUACUUACUUGGAUAAAAACCAUAAAAACGUAUUGUAAGUUCUUGAUAUACCUUCAAAUAUCAGAAAAUUGCUGUAUUUUGCUGAACGCUGUCUUUGCAUUUAUGCAAUGAGGAAUUAAAUCUUAAUCAUAGAACAUUAAUUUUAGCUAUUCAUAUUUUUGCAAUUAUUUGUACUAAGAAUGCUGCUUGUGUAAAUAUUAUUUCCAUCAGACUUGUCAAGAGUUCAUACCUCUAUUUUGAAGGCUGUAUGUUGAUCCUCACAAUGCCAAAGUGUAGAUGUGUUUUCAUGCCAAUAAUGAUGAUGGAAAGACAUCUGAAGUCAUAUCAGCUGCACAUCAGUAAACUGUCCCCUCAAAAUGAUUGUCUGUAUUAUCUCUUAAGCAAUUGAAUGCAUUAUCUGGAUACUGUACUGUAAAUGCAUCUUCAGAUACAGAUUGCAUUCCCUUUCCAGAAAAAGCAAUAGUGUUUUAGAAGUGCGGGUCCAUCUAAUAAUGUUUUCAGAAUUUUGUUGCAUGUUGAGUUCCUUAUACAAUGAAUUAUUUCCAUUUAAAAACCUGUAACUUCUGCCAUUUAUAUUGCUAUGGAUAUUUAUAACAAAUAUAUACAAAAUCAUACAUACUGUAAUAUUAUUACCAUAGUUUGAUUCACAUGUUUUGCUCUUAUUGUUAUGCAUAGAUUUGUUUUGUAUGGAUUAUAUCUUCACCCUCAGAUGUUUUGAUUUUAAAAGACAAGUGAUUGUUAUCAUGCUAAUAUUUUCACAGUUUAUUCUGACUUAAGCUUAAGUCCUAUUAUAUUACUGGAGUAAUACAUCUUCUUUUGACUGUGUGUUGAUGUUUGUGUAAAUUAUCUGGAAUAUAACUAUAUCCUCUGUGUGGUGUGACUUUGGGAUCUUUUAACUGUGUGCUUUCAUUGUUUUUUGGGGGAUAUGGCUUAAAUAUCCUUCAUUUGCACUUGUAUUUCAUGAACUGGGAGAGAUAAUUAGAUUUUUCUGAAGUUUUUGUUCCUGCUUUUUCUUCUACAGUGAAAUAAAAAGCUCUGCCAUAUGAAUAUG